AUGUUUAAUGGAGAAAGCAAAAACAGGAAGAUCAACCUGAGCGGGAAGAAACAUGUCAUCCUCAACAAGGACUCAUUCAUCGAGAGGGCCAAGAAAGAGAAAGAAAUCCACGUCAACUUGACGAGGAGGAAAAACGCCUUUAAUGUUAUCGGCUCCUAUGUAAGUUAUAAAAAAUGUAUAGAAAAAAGGAGAAACGAGAUAGAGACGUUCAUUGGGAAGAGAAUCAGCGAUGUGACGUUGUUGCAGAAUUUGGUCGCGCCAGAUGUGUAUGAGAGAGCCUUGCGAAUAUGCCUCUACGAAUUUUCUGUGAGCUCCACGUUUUUAUACUCCAGCCGGAGUUGCUACUACCACUAUAAGGGCAUGAACUUCGAUAGCCUGUACCCCCCCGUGAAACACCUCCUAGAUGUGCUGAAGCUGUAUGGCAAGGUGGGGCAACUGGAAGAAUCCAUUUCAUUAAGGGAGGGAAGAGCCCAAAACGAUGCAGGAGAUUCUACCCAGGGGGAAGCGAACGAAUCGGGGGAGGCCUCAAAGAAGAAGGAAGUAACCCACGUUAGGAAUAAGUUCCUAUAUAGACAUAAAAAGGAAAUUGAAAUUCUGCUUAACCAUUUGGAUGUCCUUUUGGGGGGGUACACUCUGUAUGGUGAGAAUAUAUAUGGAGAGUGCCAUUUGGGGGCGCGAAAUGUGAGGUGGUGUAGGGGCCAUUUGUUGAGUGGCAGCGAGGUGGGGAGGGGUUCCCAGGGGGGACUCUCCCCCAGUGUGGACGCCCAGCCUAGGAGAUACAGCAAUGGGGAGGCGCUCCGCACGCAGGAGAAGCGGCAGAAACGGCACACGCCGCAAACGCACCACAUAUACCACAUGUACAAUUUCAUUUUGAGCAAACCCUUCUGCGCCCACAUGGAGAAGGAGAUGAACUCCCGGGAGGAGAAAACGCAGGAGAGUACCCCCCGUAAAGACAAGGCCCUGCUGAAAUCGCUGCACAAAAUAAGCGACUACAUCCUUUUGACGAUGGAUGGGGUUAUCUACGUUUUGAGGAGGCUACUCCUGUGGUAUGAGCCGAAGCAGAUUGCCAAGUGCAGCUCGACCAAGCUACUGAUUUACUUGUGUGAUCUUACCUACAUUUUUUUAUUCUCUCUGAAGAUGAAAGGAAAGGAAGUAAAACAGGAGAGUGUAGAGGAGGUAAAAGGGAAGGUACAUUUGCUGCUGCAGUUUGUUUGCAUCUGUGUGGACCAGCUAAAGGAUUGCCAUUCUUUGUACAUAGCUUUUUUUAAGUACCCAAUUUUUGACAUUUUUUCCACCCCUAUUGAUGUGAAGAAGGAACUUGGGGUGCUCAAACUGUUGCUUCUGAAGAUUGUAAAUAGGACUUAUGGGCGGCAUGAUGAGGACCUAAUGCAGGAGCUGGUGUACUCUAAUGAGAACCUGCCUCUCCAUCUUGAUAUGUGCCAUUUGUUUAACCAUGCCUCCUUCGAUCGGAAGAACAUCUCCGGGGUUAACUUGUUUAAGAACACCCUUCUGUUUGCCCACGCGAAUGAAGCGCUGGUGCGGGACAACGUUUUGAGCAUCCUGCUGGAGGCCUACCUGUUCCUGCCGCUGAGGUAUCACCCCUAUGUGUACCGGGUGGCGGGGGGAGCAGGAGAAGAAGGAGAAGAAGUGGACGGCAUGGACGGGGGCGCCCAGCGUGACGGAAGAACAGAUACCGCUGCUGAUGCCGCUGCAAAUGCCGAUGAGCAGCGGGACCGCGCCCCCCCCAGCAGCACCAAGAAGGAGCUCUCCCAAACGGAGGACUUCACCGGGAAGAAGCGACUCGCCUCCGUCGGCGGAGUGGCAUGGGAGCAGUUGACUCCAAAUAAAAAGAAAGAACUACAGACAGAUGGGGGGAAAAAACCUAACGGGGGGCUCUCACACAUGGGCUUUUACUACAGCAGAGGGGUAGUGGACUCUUUAAUACGCAUUUGUAAGAGGGGGGGGUUUAAAAGGUUAGACGCGCUGCUGUUCUUUCUUCUUCCGUUUAGGACUAUCCACAAGAGCAUCGUCCACCGGUACAGGAACUACUACGAGUUUUUAAAAAAUGUGAGCAAGGGGGGGUGCGCGACUGGGGGGGGCAGAAAUGACUUCGGUGCUAGGCGGUCAGCGCGGGGUGGGAGUGGAAUUGUGGGAAGUCUCCAUGGUGGAACCGCCAUUGGUGGAACCGCUAUUGGUGGAACCGCUAUUGGUGGAACCGCUAUUGGUGGAACCGCUAUUGGUGGAACCGCUAUUGGUGGAACCGCUAUUGGUGGAACCGCUAUUGGUGGAACCGCUAUUGGUGGAACCGCUAUUGGUGGAACCGCUAUUGGUGGAACCGCCAUUGGUGGAACCGCUAUUGGUGGAACCGCUAUUGGUGGAACCGCUUUUGGUGGAACCCCUUUUGGUGAGAGUAGGGGGGAGGAGGGAGCCGCGCCGGGGCAGCUCCUUGGCGAGGGGGCAGGCCCAGCGUGGAGUGGCCAAUCGUGGAGCGGCCCAGGGUGGAGCGGCCCUGCGUGGAACGGCCCAGGGUGGAGCGGCCCAGGGUGGAGCGGCCCUGCGUGGAGUAGCUCACCGUACGGAUUAACCCCCCAGAUGAAGCAACCCUCAAAGGAUCAACCGGCGCAGAAGACAGCGCGGAGAGCCCCCAAGCGUAGCAGCCUGUUCAGCCUGAAAAACCUCAUCAGGGCGAAGGGCAAAAGGGGGAGGCGCCCAUGUGACGGAGACCUCCUAAACAACGACAUCAUAUUGAAGGUGAAGAAAAUCCUCAUCGAGCACGAAAUGCACAUCUACCUGGUGAGAGAGGUGUACCUCCUCUGGUAUAACAAUUAUAAAGCAAACGACACGAUUUUCUUUAAAUACGUGUGCGCUUUCCCCUAUUUUGACCACACCGUCGUUUCUAUUUACAUUUCCUCCCUCUGCUUCCUGCUGCACUACUACAUCGUGGCGAAUCUGUUUGUGAAUCUGAUAGACAUUCGUGGGUUCAAACUGCGCAAGAGUUUUAUGGCUAGUGGGGCUUUCAAGAAGGUGUGCAAAUUGCUGCUAAUGUGCCUGUGGGUGGUCCUCAAGAAAUCUAUGUAUUCUAUUAACUGCGAGGUGGUGAAUCGGCUAGCCUUCGAGGAGAGAGGGGGUGCGGGGCGAGACGGAGAGGGAGGGGGGGACGACACCGAACUGGAGGACUUCACGGAGGCGAUCAACGAGGAGGACCAGUACAACGAUGAGGAUGAGCAGUACGAGCGGGAGCUCAACCGGCGGGAGGAGCGGGCCAUAGAGGAGAUCGAGGGGGCGGGUCCACAUGUUAGCGGCGUCAGCGGUGUUAGCGGUGUUAGCGGCGUUACCAACGGUGUGGAACCCCUGCGCUGCUUCGAGGAGAUCCCCCUCGCGCUGGGCGCAUCAGAAGAGCCGCUCUACCGAUCGAGUGACGCCAACCUACUGAACUGCAACGCGGAGGACCUUCUGGACGCGCUGGACUCGCUGAGCGCAGGUGAGUCCUCCUCCACGGGGAGAGUCUACCCAUCGAGUUCGCACCAUCUGAUGAGUCGCGGAAUGCACUUCGCAGUGUGCGAAACGUAUGACGGGAUAGGAAUAGCAAAUACAAGCAGCUUGAGUGGUAGCCUGAAAAGCAGCGUGCAUGGCAACCGAGGUGAAGACGCGUCGGCAAUCAUCUCCACGCUAAUCAACUACCUGCUAUACAAUCGAGACAGAAGGGGGUUAAACUUUGUGCUGCCGCUCCUCCUGAAGAAGCUACACAAGGUGAACGGGUACGUGCAUCUGUUCGAGGAGGAAUUCUUCGUCAUUAAGGAAACGAGUAACUUGUUAAGGAACCGAUUCAACAUCCUUGGCGACCAGAAUAAUAGCAACACGAUUGGCCCCGGCACAGUGAGCAUCAUGAGCGGUAUCGGCGGUGUUGGCGGUGUUGGCGGCGUGAGCGGCAGCACGGGAGGGAGCCACUACGACGCGGAGUCGCACCUCUUCAUAGAUAAGAACGACGCCUACCUGAAUUACAACAUUAAGCACGUGAACGAGUUGGCCAAUUAUCUGCUGAGGUUCACUCCGUUUACUCUCCCCUUUGAUGACCGCAUAUUAAUAUUCUAUAAUAACAGGAAUAAGUCCAAGGAGAGCAUCCGAGAUGACAGCAGAUUCAACUUCGCUGAUGUGAAGCACCACUUUGUUAGGAGAACACACCUAGUGGAAGAUGCGUUCAUUCUGCUUCAUAUGCUGGACUCUACUCAGGUGAAACAAAACAUCCGAGUCGCUUUCAUAGACCAAAGUGGUAAUGAGGAAAUUGGGAUCGACGGAGGGGGGCUCUUCAAAGAGUUUAUGAUUCUACUGUGCAGAGAGAUUUUACACGCGAAGUUUUUCCUGUUCGAUUAUGUGCACAACGGGACACUCUACCCCAAGAGGUUCCAUUCGAACGAUAAUUUAAAUUUAUAUACUUUUGCUGGGAAGGUUAUUGGGAAGGCUAUUUACGAGAGGAUACUCAUCGAAUCCGUUUUCAAUGACGUCUUUUUGAGUUUCCUCCUUUGUGAUGACCUCGAUUUAGAUGUGGACGUUGCCAUCAACGAUUUGUAUUUCAUUGACCAGCAUGUUUUCAAUAGCCUGCUGUACAUUCAGAACACCCCCCAUGUGGAGAGCCUCGCGCUCACCUUCUGCAUCUACGAGAGGAAGAAGCCAGGUGUGCGCGACGUGCGCAAGUACGAGGAUAUCAUCAGUUACUUUCAGGCUCUGGGGAGGAAGCUCUCCGGGGGGAGUGGCAGCAUGGGCGGGAGUGGCGGCGUGGGCGGGAGUGGCGGCGUGGGCGGUGCUAGAUGGGUUGGCGGGAGUGGCGGAAUUAGCGGCAUGGGCGGUACUGGAUGGGUCGGCGGUACUGGAUGGGUUGGCGGGAGUGGCGGCAUGGGCAACGCCAGAGCGAUCCGGGGAAACGUCGUGAGGCGCGUCUUCGCGCAGUCGAGGGGAGCCGCCCCAGACGCCGAAAACGCCAACAACAUCAACAGCUUCUUCAAUAUCAUAGACAACUUAGAUGCGCUGAUUCACACGCUGGAUCGGAACCUCUCUUCCCUUUCGCCGGGUCCCCUGGAGGAGCACGUGCCGGAAGUGAACGCAACCGAGCGGUACCGUGGCGCCACCUACCACUUGGAUGCCCCCCUCGUGCAGCUGCUCCUGCGUCACAACGAGGUGGAUUUGGACCCCGCGCCCAACGGGGUGCUCCUGGGCGAGGACGGCGAGGUCCUGCGGUACCCGCUGCGCAGCGGCGACUUCGAUUCGGAGGAGGGGCCGGAAGCCGCCCGCGGGGGGGAUCCCCCAGAGGGGGGUAGAGGCAGUCUGGCGGUCGCGAGUAUAGACCACCCUGAUGCCGCGAACCGAGACAAUAUAGCGGCCGCGAACCGAGAUAACCUAGCGGGGGCGAGCGCGGAGGACCUGGAGUGCAUCGACCUGAUUGAAAACGGAAGGAACAUACCGGUGGACGACAGCAACAAAAAGCUUUACAUCAAGCUCUACAUAAAUUAUAAGUUCAAAAAAAUGGUCCAGAAAAAAACCCAGGCUUUUUUAAAAGGGCUCUCCGAGCUUAUUCCCACAAAAUGGCUCAAACUGUUUAAUGCUCACGAGUUAAAGACUCUCAUUUCGGGCAACGACAAAUGCUUUGACGUGGAUGAUUUGAGGAGGAACGUUGUCUACGGUGGAGGGUACAAUGCGAAUAGCGAAACGGUGCUAAACCUGUUUCAUAUUUUGAAGACUUUUUCUCCCAAGGAGAAGAGCCUCUUCCUCAUGUUCGUGACGAGCUGCUCUAGAUCCCCUCUCCUGGGCUUCCAGGAGCUGCACCCUAAGUUUUGCAUUUACCGCGUCGUGGACCACACGCGGCUGCCCACGGCGUCCACGUGCGUGAACCUGCUCAAGCUGCCCGACUACGCGUCCAGGGAGAUCCUCCACAGGAACCUGCUCACGGCGAUAAGCGGCACGCAGGGCUUCGACCUCAGCUGA